AUGGCCUCACUCUAUGGAGAUCUCCCAGAAGCCAGCAUCGUCAACACAGCGCCAAAGGUAGCCGAAACGAAAGUGCAACCUUUGCCAACGCCCACGAAAGACCCCACCAGAGUGAUCUUUUUGGACAUUGAUGGAGUUCUCAGACCUUUGCACAGCAGGCAAGACGCUUUUCAGAACACGCGGACCAUCGAGAUCAACGGAGCCCGGGUGCCAUUGCUGGGAAGCUCCGAAGCCAAAGCAGGCGUGGACUUCUGGCCCAGCGCCAUGCGAGCUCUCAGGUUCAUUGUCCAAAAGACCGAGGCUCGAAUUGUGUUAUCCUCCGAUUGGCGGAAGCAGGAGGUUUUGAAGGAAGGCAUCCAAAGUGCCUUUGAGGAGCACGGAAUCCCAGAUUUGUAUAGCUCAACCCCAGAUUUGGACCAGGCAACUCCGGGCGUGAUCAAGACGCUUCACAGCUCUUUUCGAGAAAAGCGCUGUAAGGAGAUCAGGAAAUGGCUCAAGGCAAAUCCAAAGAUCACCCACUUUUGUGCCAUUGACGAUGUGGAUUUGAGCAUGCCCGACAAGGCUUCGUUGAAAUCACAGGAUUCGGAUGUUUUCUUGGAUCCUGACAAGGAGUUUGUCAAGACGAACCCCGUGGUGGGACUCACCAUGGAGAUUUCCAAGUUGGUGAUCUGCUACCUCAACGGCACAGAGCCCUCGGAGGAGAUCCUCAGCGCGGUCUUCGGUGAACCCACGGGGAUCAUUACAAAAGCUUAG